GCUCGGUAUCCACUAGUGCAAUAAUUAAUCAACGCGCGCUCUCGGCCCAAGAGAGCGCUACCACCCUAACACCCGAGACGCCCCAGCCCGCCAGCGGAGCACGAAACGAUGCCGCCGCGGCGCUACCACAAGUCCUGGGCUGCCUCCCUACUCGCCCUCGUAAUCGUGGCUGCCCCCUCCCGGCUGCUGCGAACGACCACUGGCGCGACCACGACGCCUGCGGCAGCGCAAAGCAAAGAAAAAAUCAAGCCGACGACGCGCAACUACAGAACGGACGGCGGCUGGCGGCCGUCGGCGGGGGGCGCUGCUGGUGCUGUCGCAUUCGGCGCCUUUUUGUCCUGCUCGGCGCUGCCGACGCACGGCAGCUCCGCGGCGCGCGUGCGGGUCCUCCGCGCGCUGCUGGCCUUUUCGCCGCACCUCGCGGCCGCUCGGCCCUUCGGACCGGCGAAUGCGUCCAUGACGCGGCGCAAGCUCGGCUACGUCAUGACCGACAGCAACAUAAAAAUGGCCGUUACCGCCUGGUUCGACGACGCGGCGGCAGCAGAGGCGACGUACGGCCACAUCUCGACGUGGGCGACUGGCGGGGUGACGGACAUGAAGGAGUUAUUUUGCGCGCACUCGUGGUGCGACUACUACAACUCGGCCGCGGAGUCCUUUAACGAGGACAUUGGCGCGUGGGACACCUCGGGCGUAACGAGCAUGGAGAACAUGUUCUUUUACGCGUCGGCCUUCGACCAGGACAUCGGCGCAUGGGACACCUCUAACGUUACGACGAUGUUAAGGAUGUUCACCGCUGCCUCGUCCUUCGACCAGGACCUCGGCUGGUGCGUGGACGACGGCGUGGAAAUGCUGGACAUGUUCUUUAACACCCCGUGCGAGUCUUUUUCGUCAUUGUCGUGCGGCGUCACGAAAGUGGAGGGCGGUUGUGCGCCGACACGACAGCCGACGCCUGGCCCGACGCCGCGCCCGACAGGCUACGCCAUGGACCGCUUCAACAUCAGAACGGCAGUCGCAGCGUGGCUCGCGGACGCGACGGCCGCCGAGGCGACGUACGGCCAUAUUUCGACGUGGGAGACCUCAGGGUUGACGGACAUGUCGUAUUUGUUUUGCGGCUCGUCUUACUACUCUUCUAGAGGAUGCAACUCGGCCGCUGCGUCCUUCAACGAGGACAUCAGUGAGUGGGACACCUCUGGCGUCACGACGAUGUAUUCCAUGUUCAGCGACGCCUCGUCUUUUAAUCAAGACAUCGGUGCGUGGGACACCUCGGGCGUCAGAUCCAUGGCCUACAUGUUCCAAAGCGCCUCGGCCUUCGACCAGGACAUCGGCGCGUGGGACACCUCCGGCGUGACGUCGAUGAGCUCCAUGUUCGACCGCGCCUCGGCCUUCGACCAGGACAUCGGCGCGUGGGACACCUCGGGCGUCAGAUCCAUGACCUCCAUGUUCGACCGCGCCUCGGCCUUCGACCAGGACAUCGGCGCGUGGGACACCUCCGGCGUGACGUCGAUGAGCUCCAUGUUCUACUCUGCCUCGGCCUUCAACCAGGACAUCGGCGCGUGGGACACCUCGGGCGUCAGAUCCAUGGCCUACAUGUUCCAAAGCGCCUCGGCCUUCGACCAGGACCUCGGCUGGUGUGUGGACGACGAUGUGGACCUCCUCGGCGCGUUCAACGGCGGCGUCCUCUGCGAGUCGACGUCGUGCGGCGUCGGCAACAGGGCUUUACUACGGUGCGGUGGCUCGAUGGGUGACAGUAGCAUUCGAACCGCCGUCACCGCGUGGCUCACGGACGCGACGGCCGCCGAGGCGGCGUACGGCCACAUCUCGACGUGGGCGACUGGCGGGGUGACGGACAUGUCGUGGUUGUUUUGCGCGAACUCGUGGUGCGACUACUACAACUCGGCCGCGGCGUCCUUUAACGAGGACAUCAGCGCAUGGGACACCUCGGGCGUAACGAGCAUGGAAUUCAUGUUCAGCUACGCCUCGGCCUUCGACCAGGACAUCGGCGCAUGGGACACCUCUGGCGUCAGAUCCAUGUAUUCCAUGUUCAGCUACGCCUCGGCCUUCGACCAGGACAUCGGCGCGUGGGACACCUCCAGCGUCACGUCGAUGUACCAGAUGUUCUACUACGCCUCGGCCUUCGACCAGGACCUCGGCUGGUGCGUGGACGACGGCGUGGAAAUGCUGGACAUGUUCUUUAACACCCCGUGCGAGUCGACGUAUUGCGGCGUGAAGUGGGGCGACUGUGAAUUCCCGCCCUCGGGCAACGUCAUGGUCAACUGGAAAAUUAGAUGGGCCAUCAAUGCGUGGUUCGACAACGCGACGGCAGCCGAGGCGACCUACGGGCACAUCUCGACGUGGGAGACUGGGGGCGUGACGGACAUGAAAUCGUUGUUCUCACAAAAAUCAUCAUUCAAUGAGGACCUCGGCGCGUGGGACACCUCGGGCGUCACGACGAUGGAGUUCAUGUUCAGCUACGCCUCGGCCUUCGACCAGGACAUCAGCGCAUGGGACACCUCGGGCGUCAGAUCCAUGUAUUCCAUGUUCAACCGCGCCUCGGCCUUCGACCAGGACAUCGGCGCGUGGGACACCUCCGGCGUCACUACGAUGGCCUUCAUGUUCUACUAUGCCUCGGCCUUUAACCAGGACAUCGGCGCGUGGGACACCUCGGGCGUCACAAGGAUGUACUACAUGUUCUACUAUGCCUCGGCCUUCGACCAGGACCUCGGUUGGUGCCUGGACGACGGCGUGGACCUGGACAACGCGUUCUACAUAACCCCGUGCGCGUCGACGUCGUGCGGCGUCCUGCAGGGCGACGCCUGCGCGCCGACUGCGCGCCCAACGCCGAAUCCCACUUCAAGCCCGACGCCGCAACCGACGUUGACGCCGACGCCGCGGCCGACGCCCGCGCCCAGCAAGCGCCCGACGCCGCAACCGACGUCGACGCCGACGCCGCGGCCGACGCCCGCGCCCAGCAAGCGCCCGACGCCGCAACCGACAUCGACGCCGACGACGCCCGCGCCCAGCAAGACAGGCUACGCCAUGGACCGCUUCAACAUCAGAACGGCAGUCGCCGCGUGGCUCGCAAACGCGACGGCCGCCGAGGCGACGUACGGCCAUAUUUCGACGUGGGAGACCUCAGGGUUGACGGACAUGUCGUAUUUGUUUUGCGGCUCGUCUUACUACUCUUCUAGAGGAUGCAACUCGGCCGCUGCGUCCUUCAACGAGGACAUCAGUGAGUGGGACACCUCUGGCGUCACAACGAUGGACUUCAUGUUCAGCGACGCCUCGUCUUUUAAUCAAGACAUCGGUGCGUGGGACACCUCGGGCGUCAGAUCCAUGUAUUCCAUGUUCGACCGCGCCUCUGCCUUCGACCAGGACAUCGGCGCGUGGGACACCUCCGGCGUCACUACGAUGGCCUUCAUGUUCUACUAUGCCUCGGCCUUCGACCAGGACAUCAGCGCAUGGGACACCUCGGGCGUCAGAUCCAUGUAUUCCAUGUUCAGCAGUGCCUCGGCCUUCGACCAGGACAUCGGCGCGUGGGACACCUCCGGCGUCACUACGAUGGACUACAUGUUCUACUAUGCCUCGGCCUUCGACCAGGACCUCGGUGAUUGGGCAGUCCAAAGCGUAACGAGCAUGAGCUGGAUGUUCAGCGGUGCCUCAGCGUUUAACCAGGACAUCAGUGGUUGGGCGGUCCACAACGUCGCGAGCAUGAGCGGGAUGUUCAGCAGUGCCUCGGCCUUCGACCAGGACAUCAGCGCAUGGGACACCUCGGGCGUCAGAUCCAUGUAUUCCAUGUUCAGCAGUGCCUCGGCCUUCGACCAGGACAUCGGCGCGUGGGACACCUCCGGCGUCACUACGAUGGCCUUCAUGUUCAAGUGGGCCUCGGCCUUCGACCAGGACAUCGGCGCGUGGGACACCUCUGGCGUCACGACGAUGUAUUCCAUGUUCUACUAUGCCUCGUCUUUUAAUCAAGACAUCGGUGGUUGGGCGGUCCACAGCGUCAUGCACAUGGACUCCAUGUUCAGCAGUGCCUCGUCGUUCGACCAGGACAUCGGCGCGUGGGACACCUCCGGUGUCAAAAGCAUGAACUCCAUGUUCAACUCCGCCUCUGCCUUCGACCAGGACAUCGGCGCGUGGGACACCUCCGGCGUAACGAGGAUGUACGGGAUGUUCUUGGGCGCCUCGUCGUUCAAUCAGAAUAUUGGCGGCUGGAGCGUCGACAACGUCAAUGAGAUGGGCAUGAUGUUCCACGAAGCGUUCUCGUUUAACCAGGACAUCAGCGCCUGGAACGUCGAAAACGUCAGAGAUAUGCAUUUGAUGUUCUGUCUGGCCUAUGCCUUCGACCAGGACCUCGGCUGGUGCGUGGACGACGACGUGAACCUGGACGGCGCGUUUGACGUCGCCCCGUGCGAGUCGACGUCGUGCGGCGUUGGCCAAAAGGACGGAAAUAGCGACUGUUGGAUGCCGACGCAGCGACCGACGCCCGGUCCAACGCCGCGGCCGGUUCCGCAGCCGACGCCCAAACCGACACCGACGCCGACGCCGCGGCCGACGCCCGCGCCCAGCGUGGUCCCCGUGCCGUCGCCAACGCUGAAGCCUACCGCUGCGCCGGAAGCCGCUCCAGUCGCGGCGCCCGUGCCCACGUCUCAAUCGACACCUCUCGUCUCGUGACCGUGUGGAAACCAUCGAGCUAGUCGUCGCGUCGAUGGCGUGGAGGUCGACGCUAAGGGCGCCGGCCCGGGAAAUCCAAUUUCUGCACAGGUCUGCGACCAAGGGGGCGGGUGCAAGAUCCUCAUCAUCAGCACUGGUAAAGUGAACUUUAGAGGAGACAGGAGCGAGGCUUGGUGCACGAACCAAGGAAACAACCCGAACAAGGAGACGCUCUGGUGCGCCGAUGCGGAUCCGACACCCGUGCCCACGUCUCAAUCAACACCUCUCGUCUCGUGACCGUGUGGAAACCAUCGAGCUAGUCGUCGCGUCGAUGGCGUGGAGGUCGGCUUUAAGGGCGCCGGCCCGGAAAUCAAUUUCUGCACGGUCUGCGACCAAGGGGGCGGGUGCAAGAUCCUCAUCAUCAGCACUGGUAAAGUGAACUUUAGAGGAGACAGGAGCGGAAGCUUGGUGCACGAACCAAGGAAACAACCCGAACAAGGGCACGCUCUGGUGCGCCGAUGCGGAUCCGACACCGUGCCCGUGCAAUCGACACCUCUCGUCUCGUGACCGUGUGGAAACCAUCGAGCUAGUGGCGCGUCGAUGGCGUGGAGGUCGGCGCUAAGGGCGCCGGCCCGGGAAAUCCAACUUCUGCACGGUGUCUGCGACCAAGGGGGCGGGUGCAAGAUCCUCAUCAUCAGCACUGGUAAAGUGAACUUUAGAGGAGACAGGAGCGAGCUUGGUGCACGAACCAAGGAAACAACCCGAACAAGGAGGCACGCUCUGGUGCGCCGAUGCGGAUCCGACACCGUGCCUCGUGCAAUCGACACCCUCGUCUCGUGACCGUGGGAAACCAUCGAGCUAGUCGUCGCGUCGAUGGCGUGGAGGUCGACGCUAAGGGCGCCGGCCCGGGAAAUCCAAUUUCUGCACAGGUCUGCGACCAAGGGGCGGGUGCAAGAUCCUCAUCAUCAGCACUGGUAAAGUGAACUUUAGAGGAGACAGGAGCGGGAAGCUUGGUGCACGAACCAAGGAAACAACCCGAACAAGGAGGCGGCAAGUGCGCCGAUGCGGAUCCGACACCCGUGCCCACGUCUCAAUCGACACCUCUCGUCUCGUGACCGUGUGGAAACCAUCGAGCUAGUCGUCGCGUCGAUGGCGUGGAGGUCGACGCUAAGGGGGCCGGCCCGGGAAAUCCAAUUUCUGCACAGGUCUGCGACCAAGGGGGCGGGUGCAAGAUCCUCAUCAUCAGCACUGGUAAAGUGAACUUUAGAGGAGACAGGAGCGAGGCUUGGUGCACGAACCAAGGAAACAACCCGAACAAGGAGACGCUCUGGUGCGCCGAUGCGGAUCCGACACCCUGCCCGUGCCUCACCUACCCCUCGUCUCGUGACCGUGUGGAAACCAUCGAGCUAGUCGUCGCGUCGAUGGCGUGGAGGUCGACGCUAAGGGGGCCGGCCCGGAAAUCAAUUUGCGCUGGGUGCUGACCAAGGGGCGGGUGCAAGAUCCUCAUCAUCAGCACUGGUAAAGUGAACUUUAGAGGAGACAGGAGCGGGAAGCUUGGUGCACGAACCAAGGAAACAACCCGAACAAGGAGGCACGCUGGUGCGCCGAUGCGGAUCCGACACCCGUGCCUCGCCUGCCCCAUCGACACCUCUCGUCUCGUGACCGUCCAUCCAUCGAGAGCUGGUCGUCGCGUCGAUGGCGGGAGGUCGACGCUAAGAGCGCCGGCCCAGCGCGGUAAACCAAUUUACUACUAUGCAACACUCGUAGUUGGCUUGGCCCAGCCUCUGGCUGGUGAGCCAGGACCUCGCCAACCCUAUAACGCAACGCGACACGCUACUCGCCAGCUGCGUAGGCGCCAGUGUCGGCGGCAGUUUCGCGGCAAGGUGGGCUCGGAUGGUUUUGAAAAGGUGCUCAUGGGCUGCUGA